UAAUUAAACCGAAAUGGGUUCACUAUUUGAUGAAUUUAAAGGGUGCCUGCUUCUUAUGUCUGUGCAAUGGACACUGGUCAGUUUUGUGGCGAUUGAAGCCUCGAGGAUAGCAUUCUUCCGAUAGAACAAUACGGAAGGAGUUAACAACGGUGUCUCAAGAUGGACAAGUAUGGUUUGGAAAGAAGUAUUAUCUAUCGUGUCUUCGAAUUACUUGAUUUCAUGUUUCACCGAUUUCCCAGUGCACAUUCCACCAGUGACAUCUAUGGACGAACGAUGCUGCUCCGUGAUUCUGUUGAUCGCAUUUUUAGUGACAUUCUUUGGAAAUGGAUGGAGCUGGAGCCUUGAAGUUUGAUUCCAAAUUAGAAAAAUUCACUAAGAUAAUUUAUUGGGGAGUUAUCACCGCGUGUCAUUUAUUCCCUGCAGUUUUUCCUCACCGAUACUCCAUCAAAAUUAUCCCCAAUGCAUGUAUCUCCCUUUCCGGAGCAGUUUAUGCUGCUCAACUGGCUGUUGUUUCAAAAGCUGAAUUUGAAGAUUACAUUAAUCCAAUGGAUUCUCAAGAAACUUAUUCCAAACAAAAUCGAGCAACCAACAACAGAAUGAAAAUGCCACAAUGUUUUGAAUUGGCUUUCAAACUCAUAUCUUUUAUCAAAUGGGAUUUUGUAACCGAUUUGUUCGUCUUGAGUAUACUUACCUCAGCUCUUAUUGGCCAAUGCUCAGGAUGGGCCAACUCUGAAUGGUAUUUGAUAAUCUUCAAUAUGCUUGCACUUUUGACAACAAUUACAACACUCGUGAUGACCCAAAACUUGAACAAACUUUGAGAUUUAUUAAGAAAUAUCGUAUUUUCAUUUUUUGAUGUUUGCAUCCUUGGGAAUUCUGAUAUACUCAGACGACGCCAGCUUCAUUGUAACCUCAACGAUUUUAUUCCACGGUUCUAUCCAAUGUUUCGGUUACAUCUGGCACCAACUGUAGCUUUUCAACAAUUCCAUCUUCUACAAUGUUCAUUUCCACGGGUGCAUCCUUAACCCAUUGCCUAUCUUCCUGAUAUCAUUUUUAUUCUAGUCUUCUGUUGUCGAUUUCCUAAGAUUCCUCAAUUAACUCUCAACCAUAAGGACUUUUAAUCCUGACUUCUUGGUUCCCUAACUCACCAUCACUCAGAAGUCCUAUAUUUUCCAAUUUAUUUCGUGUAUUAUAUUUUAACCACCUAAAACAAACGGGAAUGGUUCAAUAAGCUUGAAUUCGUGUAA